UCCCCCUUCCCCGCUCGCCCCCGCUCCCCUGCCUCGCGUCGCCUCUCCCUAGCGCACCACCUCCCCUCCCGCGGUCUCCGUCUCUCAACCUUCUCGCUGCACACGCAUCUCCUGAUUGGAUCAAUUUGGCUUCGCGUCUCCGGCUGAUCCGUGGAGCCCCCGCUGCCGAGCGGAAUCGUCACCUGAUUUGGCGAGACUAGCAGAUAUUUGUGAAGUCAUGGCUCACGAUGAAGCUGUUGCUACCCAGAAGACUGGAAAUACAACAUCAUCUCCUAAGGAUCAACCAGCUCCUUCUCCAUAUCCUGAUUGGUCGACCAUGCAGGCAUACUAUGGCCCCGGUGUCUUGCCACCAACAUAUUUUGCUCCAGCAAUAGCUCCAGGUCAUCCACCGCCAUAUAUGUGGGGUCCUCAGCCUCUGAUGCCACACCCUUUCGGGACACCAUAUGCUGCAAUGUACCCACAUGGUGCAGCUUACCCGCACCCCCUUGUGCCCAUGGUAUCAAAUCCAUUGAGUGUGGAGCCAACAAAGUCUGCAAACAGUAAGGAGAAAAGUUCCAAUAAGAAACUUAAAGAAAUUGAUCAGACUGCAGUAUGUGCUGGCAGCGGUAACAGUAAAAGAACAAUGUCAUCCAGUGAAGAUUACAGUGCAGAAGGCUCCAGCGAUGUAAACGAUCAGAAGGUGAACAAAACUUCCAGGAAACGGAGCUCAGUUGAUGGACCUGGUGCCGAAACAUCCGCAGCUGCAAGGAUUGAAGGUGUUAUAGCUCCUAACCAUACACUGGCAAAUACAGCCAUUUUGCCACAUCACUGCUUUCCAACUCCAGUAAUUAAGCCCAGCACUACAGAUGUUGCUAAUUCAAGGGCAAUGGGCGCAACGAUAUCUCCAUCUCCUGGUGUGAUUGUUCCGCCUCAUACUGGAGGACCAACUGACUUGUCAAUCAAGGAUGAGAGGGAGCUGAAGCGUGAAAAGAGGAAGCAAUCAAAUAGAGAGUCUGCUAGACGAUCAAGGCUGAGAAAACAGGCUGAGACAGAGGAGCUGGCUACACAAGUGGAGUCUCUUACAGCAGAAAACACGUCCCUUAGAUCUGAAAUCGGCAGACUAACAGAGAGUUCAGAGAAGCUCAGAUUAGAGAAUUCCGCUUUGAUGGUGAAACUGAAGGAUCCUGAACUGCCGGCCCCUGCAGAACCGUCUCCGAACAAAGCAGCCGCAUCCUCGACCUCUCCCCGCCCCGCCGCGGAGAACUUCCUGUCGAUGAUCGACAGCACCGCGAGCGCGCCGGGCGUCAGCCGGCACACAGAGCACGGCGAGCCCAAGCUCCGGCAGCUCCUCGACUCCAAUCCGUCCACGGACGUCGCUGCCGUAAGCUGAUGCUGACCUACCUCUCUUCCCUCCUGGCACGGAGAGAGGCCGGCUAAUACAACACAGAUGCAUUGUGGCCUUGGGGAUCUUGGUCGCAAGCAGCUCAUGCUGUCUCACCAUAACGUUCAGCGUUGCAGUGUACUAGGAGGCACUGAUUCCAGUAUAGCAUUUUGAGAACACAGGCAACUUAUCUGCCCCAGUGCAGUCACUGGCAGGGGUGCCUGGUGUACCGUGUGUUAGUUUUGUUGUGACUUGCUGUGAGCUUCUUCUAGCAGUGUUGUAACGUAGGGUGUUGUGCUGCAUGCCAACCUGAAAACUUCGAGACCGUCCGUUGGACCAUUUUUCGGUGCAAUAACAAAGUGCAAAUCGGAGCUUCUCUACAGGCAAGGAUGCCUGCACAAAA